CAUUCAUCAAGUUAAUUCUCAAAUUCAAAGCAUUUGUUCGUAGCCAGCAUCUAACAGUAGUAAUGGUGGAGAUCACUGUGGAGAUCACUGUUACGGACACUGACAUUGAAAAGGGAACAUUGACGAUUCCCGAAGAUAGUUUGGGAACACUUCGAUCUGGGCAACGGUUGAAGUUUACAGAUGAGCAUACCAGUCAAACAUGGGAUUUUGAGUACAACAAAACUGGUGGUUGUCUCCGUUGUAAAGAUUGGUUAGCUUCUGCGCGGGGGAAAGAAAUUAGGGCUGGUGACAGGAUCGACCUUUCCAGAAAUGGUAAGAACAUUAAAGUCAUCCCAAAAAAGUGAGAAAGUGGCUGCCCAUAUUUUCAUAUAUAUAUAGUUUUUCAAGUAAUCCCUAGCUAAGUGUCUAUUUUAGAAUAAGAAAUGCUUUUGACAGUUUGAUAUCUAUAUUUAGAAAAAUUAGUUCACGGUUGAAAAGCAACAAAAAUAUUGUUAUUGAUAUUUUUGUCCUUUUUCACUCCGAAUUGAUGUUUUUAAAUGUAGGAUAAACUGAAAAAUAACAUUGAUAUUGUCCAUUAGCACAUAGGUAUGUGAAAACUCCAUUAUCCUUUCUGUAACCGCUUGUACGUUUGGUUUUAAUUUGUGCAUAGGGAUGCUGGUUUUCUGUUAUGUACUGUCUAGAGUACUGAUGUUUCUCUAGAAUAUUAUCCAAAUUACUACAGUUAUGUGUGUAAUUAUCCUAUCAAUGUAAACUAAUAAUAAAAGUUUCACCUCUUU